AUGUCUUGGAUGCCUGCGUUUACCGAUAAAAUAGCUCACCCGGUUCCUAUCGUUAGUUUAUUAAAAUCAAAGCAGGUAACUCCUCCUCCACCUCCUAGACCUAUUACCAUUUCUAUUGUUGGCGCUGGGCAAAGAGGUUCGGGUUAUGCAUAUUACACUAAAAUUGAACCGCAAUGGGCCAAAGUAGUCGCUGUCGCUGAACCUGUAGAUUUUCGAAGGAAUAAAAUGGCUAAGUUAUAUAAUAUCCCUGAAGAAAAUGUGUUUACAGAUUGGAAAGAAAUGAUCAAAUGUCCAAAACUAAGUGAUGCAGUUGUAAUUGCAACUUUAGAUGAACUUCAUGUCGAACCGGCUGUUGCAUUUGCAAAUAAGAAAUAUAACAUUUUACUAGAAAAACCAAUGGCUAUUACUAUUGAAGGUUGUAAGAAGAUUACUGAAGCUGUUAUGAAGAAUGAGAUCAUUUUUGCAGUAGGACAUGUUUUAAGAUAUACAGCACAUAACAUUCUUAUUAAAUCAAUUAUUGAUGCCGGUUACCUUGGAAACAUUGUUAAUAUUCAACAUAUGGAGCCGGUUGGAUUUUGGCAUUUUGCUCACUCGUAUGUAAGAGGUAAUUGGAGAAAAGAAGAAGAGACUUGCUUUUCUUUAAUGACAAAGAAAAUUGGUUCAUUUGGUAAUUUGGUAUAUUUCAAUUCAAAAAAUAAACCAAAAGAAGCUGGUGACGCAAAACAUUGUUAUGAAUGCAAAAUUGAACCAACCUGUCCUUAUUCCGCAAAAAAAAUUUAUAUUGAUAAUGGUUAUAAAAAAGGAGUAGUAUCUUGGCCUAUUAGUGUUGUUACUGAUAUUAUUGAUAUUGAAAAUUUAACUAAUGCAUUAAAAAAUGGUCCUUAUGGAAGAUGUGUUUAUGAAUGUGAUAAUGAUGUUGCGGAUAAUCAAGUAGUCAAUUUAGAAUUUGCCAAUGGUUCAACUGCAAAUAUUACCAUGAUAGCAUUUACUGAAACCGUUUGUAAAAGAAAGACAAAGUAA